AUGGCGCUCCUUCGACAGAUUCUUGGCUUUGCUAGGAGUGCAGAUCAGCAACGAAACUACGAUAGGCUAGCUUCUGUGUUCAUACUUCCAAACGAGGCGGGGUUUCAUGACCUUGUGCAAGAGAUUGUCAAUAUUCCGGAACCUGCUGUCGAGCAAGAAGUCGCCAAGUUGAAGGUCCAUGGCUCUGAGUUUGCAGAGAUCUUGAGGCGCUAUCUCCGUUUCUUAAGGCUGUAUCCUACUCAGGAUUGGAGUAAUAUGGCGCGAAUUAUGGUCGAGAUGCUCAAAGCAUGUGGUUCCAUCUUGAAACCCAAGCAAGGGGACAACAAGCAAGUAGAAAGCAUAAUGUGGUUUAUGCCAUCGUUCAAAAAGCUCUGCCUGAGUGGCAUCGCUAUUUGCACACUAGCAGAUCAAGUCAACCCGAGGGCAUUGACAAGAGGGAAUGCAUUCGCAGAGCUGCGGACUCUUCUGGGAAUCGCAAAUCUACGUAGUGAUGGGGACAAGCAUGCCGUUGUACUAUUCCUUGGGGCGGAGAUAGUACGAAUAAGUCUACAGCUAGAUGUCCAAGGAGCAUUGGCGCAUACGCUGCGCCAGAUCUCAAGCUCUGUAUCUCAAAUGAACCUAGCUCCGCAAGCGGAUCGCCUUCGCUACUGCUAUUGGGCUGGGAGAUGGCAUUUACUUGAGCAUCGUAUUGGUGUGGCCUAUCCUCUUUUACGUACUGCAUUGGAGAUUUGUCCAAACAGUAUGACCCGACAUAAGAGGUCAAUAUUUCGCCAGCUAGUCGGUGCUGCAAUACCGCUGGGUAUAUUUCCAAGCCCUAGGUUGCUCCGCGGCUUUGGUUUUGACAAGUUCUUUUUGCCCAUCAUUCGAGCUAUGAAAGCCGCAGACGCUAUUGCUCUUGGCCUGGCUAUCGAUUCCCCGGAAUCAAGAGACUGGUUGCGGCGUUGUGGAUUGCACACGGUUCUUAAAGAAAAGUGCUGGGUGGCUGUCUGGCGCAAUCUCGUCUAUCAGACGGGGCCGGUUGACUCCAUACCUUUCAGCCUCCUCACCCGAGCAUUCCGACUCUCCUAUGAUCAGGAUGACGGCUGGGACAGUUUGCGGAUUCAGAGUAUAGUCAUGUCUCUCGUAGCCCAGGGCUACGUCGUUGGCAGAGUGGAAGGGUCGGAAUCGUUAUCGCUCAAACCCAAUAGCUCCCGUCGAGACCGAUUUCCACUCUUUAGUUCAGUCCGUCAGACAUACCAAGUCCAGGCUAUCUGGGGUGUGAACUUGAAAUGA